UUUUCCUAAUAAAAAAACAAUUAUACUUUUAAUAUUAAACAAUCAAUAUUUCCAAAAAAAAAAAAUAGUUCGUACGUGAUGAUUAUUUUGAACUAAAAAAAUACAUAUUGUGCUAAUUUUUUCAAAUAAAGCCACGAAUUAGCACAUUUAUAAUAUUUGAAUAUAUCCCCUCUUUGACAUACAUAAAAUCUGUGAAAAGAUAUACAUAUAUUACGGAGAAUAAAGUUUAUAAUAAUCUUGCACUUUACAUUAGUGUAAAGUACUAAAUGUUACAAUUUAAAGAAUAACUGAAAAUUUAUACGAUAUAUAUUUAGGGAAAAAAAAACACCUUAUUUAAUAAAACCAACUCUAAUUCCAAUCCACCUCCUCCUCUAAUAGUAUGUCAGUCUCUAGUUGUUGGCCUAUCCAUUCAUCCUAAACCACCAUUUUCCAAACACCCCUUCCAAACUACCACCAACAUUUUUAGAGAGAGAAAAUAAACCCAAAACUAGAGAGAGGAACUCCCAUCAUUUGCAUAUUAUUAAAGGGAACAAACAUCAAACCCCCUUUGCUUAUUUCUUCAUCUAACUUCCUUCCUUACACCCCAAAAAAACAGAGCAAAAAGAAAGAAAGAAAAAAACAGAGGAAAUAAAUAGUACCAACAAAAAUACAAAUAACUUGAAAAAAUCUUAAGCUAACAUCAACAUCAUUUUCGCUUCAUUUUCACAUCACAUUCUUUAGAUAACAACUUCUCUUUAUAAAUCACCUCAAAAAAUUAUAAUUUUCCAUGGAAGAAAAUCCAUCAAUCUCAAUGGCAAGAGCUGCAAAAAUCAUUAGAAAAUCAAUCUAUACUUUUUUACAACACUACCAAUUUUUCACCUCUGUAGCUGCCUUCAUUGCUCUACCAUUCUCUAUCUCCGUCCUCAUCUCCUUAGCUAUCGUGCCUCGCUCAUUUGCGCUCCUCCCCACUGUCUAUGGCCGCCUUCACUCGGUCUUCCUCGCCGCCGGUUUCCCCCCUUACUCUGAUUUUUUCACUCUCCUUAGCCUUAAACUCUCUCAAACCAUUUCCUCUUCAAUAGUCACCCUUCCUUUUACACUUUCUUUUCUUUUAUUAGCCAAAGCCUCAAUUAUACACUUUUUUUCCUACAAAAAAACUACAAAUAAUAAUUCAUCUUCAUCAUUUAUAGCCCUUUACCACCCUAUUCUCUCUACACAUCUUUGCAACACUUUUAUCAUUUUCGCUGCGAAUGCAACGUGUUUUUCUCUGCUUUUCUUGGCAUUCAACUUCCUAGAAGGUUUCCAACUCGACUCCCCGAGAUGGGUGCUCUUCUUAUCAGCUCUUGGCGCGGUGUUUUACUCAAUAAUUCUCGCGAAUUCUUUUGUUGUGUGUAACUUGGCAUUGGUUUCAUCAGGAAUAGAAAGAAGGGGUGGGUUUUUAUCUAUACUAAAAGCUUGUGUUUCAAUUCGGGGUAAGACCUCCACUGCGCUGGCCUUAGCCGUGCCUACUAAUUUAGGCCUCGCCGCAGUGGAGGCCUUAUUUCAUUUCAGAAUAAUCGCAACAGCUCAACACCCCAUUAAUAGUACCUCGUUAUGGCUCGUGGCCUUCGAGGGGGUGCUAAUCGCUUACAUAUACUCCAUCCUCGUUGUUCUCGAUGUCAUCAUGAGUUGUGUGUUCUAUCAAUGUUGCAAAAACGAUCAACGUUAUAUUCAACAAGUUGUUCAAGGGUAUGUUGUCAAUGAUCAAGAUGCUAGCGUGACAGAAGUUGAUGAUGAUUAUUGUUAUUAUGAUUAUAAUGAGGAAAAGUUGAAAGGAUUGGAGGAAUUUGUGUAAGUUUUUAAUAUUUGAUUCAAGAAAAAAAAAAGGUUAGAUCUUACAUUUUUUUUAAGCAUUGUUGUCCAAUUGAAAAGAGAGCAUUUUGUACAGAGAGAUUAAAGUGGAAAAAAAAGGGUAGAGUAUUUGAUACAAAAAGAGAUGCAAAGAUGAUAAAAGUCAUCAAUUCAAUGAAAUUAUUGAUUUUCAUAUUACAA